AUGCGCACUCCUUGGGCCUUCCAUACUUGGGGGCUUGAUUUGAUUGGAACCAUUCACCCGCCUUCAGAUGGUUACAUAUGGAUCCUCACUGCCACUGAAUAUUUCACAAAAUGGGUGGAGGCAGUUCCCCUUCGAAAGGCCACAGGAGCUGCAGUAUCAAAUUUCAUAAGAGAACACAUUGUAUGCAGGUUUGGAAUUCCGUACAAGAUUGUCACCGACAACGGCACACCUUUUGUCAACAAGCAAGUGAACUCGACACUCAACGGGUACGACAUCAAGCACCGGUGUUCCACACCAUAUUACCCACAAGGAAAUGGUCAAGCUGAAGCUACCAACAAGACUCUCUGGAGAAUUCUGAGCAAAAUGGUAUAUGAAUACGAAGGGGGGUGGAGCCUUGACUUGCCAAAUGCUCUGUGGGCUUACCGCACCUCUCCGAGGAGCGCCACAGGCUUCUCCCCUUUUUCACUUGUAUAUGGAUCUGAUACGAUCUCCCCUGUUGAGAUCACUGUCCCCACAGCCAGGGUUUUGUUUGUCAAUGACAUUGAGUGGGAUGCAAAAUCAUGCUCAAAGUGCCGCUGGAUGGACUUGGAGUCUUUGGAAGAAAAAAUAGCAGAAGCUGAGGAGAAAAUGAUGUUGUACCACAAGACAAUCUCCCAAGCUUACAACAGAGCUGUCAAACCACGGAGCUUCAAACAUGGGGAUUUAGUGCUUCGAGCUGCUGAGCAUGUAAGGAGGCAAGUAUUGGGACCCUCCAAGUUUGCACCACCAUGGGAAGGUCCAUUCACAGUCAAGGAGGCUUAUAGUAGUGGCUACUAUUGCCUCAUCUCAGUCAAAGAAGGCACAUUAACAGAUCCCAUCAACGGAAAGUGGCUCAAGCCAUACUACUGUUAA